UACACAAUGUAUGGUGUCCUUUGCCCUUUUCUCUCUCUGUCUUGUAGUGUGCGACUGCAUCAGUAGUAGUACUACAGUAGUUAAAGAAAGAACCAACAAAAAUGUGUCAAGUCUGUUUUCUGCUUUUCUUCUGACUUAUCUGACGUCCCACCACCUUCUCUCUCCUUCUUUCUCUCUCUCAUUCAUGAUCUUAUCUCCAUCUACUGCCGUGUUUGUUAUCUUUUCUUCUUCUUCUCCCCUUGUUCUCACCGUAUUUGGUAAAAACUACAGAACUUGAAAGCUUUCUGCCUGUCUUGUCAUCAGAGUUGCUGAAGCCUGCUGCUUUUGGCAAACUCUUGAGGAACCUAAUGGGGAUUUGAUGAAUUGAAUUUCGUCAUGAUGUUGAAAUCAGGCACACAGGUGCUAGAGAAGACAGGGUGCUACAUAUGCUGGCUUACUAUUUGGCUUUGACGUGGUCAUUCAGGUUCAUAAACAAGAAGCAUUAGUUGUGAGUGGUAACAAGAUCUAUUACUAGACAAGGGACUCCUUUGUACUUCAGUGCUCUACCCCAAAAUGAAGGCGCCAACUAUUAACCUUGAAUCUGAAGAGGAUUCUGAGGUGAGCAGUCAAGUUGCCUCCAACAUAUCCACCCAAGAAGUCUCUCCUGGUCCUUCGAAGGAGAGCAUUACUUCUUCACCGUCUCUCACACACUCACUUGAUCUAGAAAGGGAUCCAAGGCCAGUUACUCUUGACUUGACUCUUGGCUUCAACAGCAGUGAUACUGAUUCAAAGGGUGUUGGUGAGAAUAAUGGUGAAGUAUUUCCCCAUCCUCCAACUCCAGGAGUGUCCAGGGUAUUCUCCUGUAACUAUUGUAGGCGCAAGUUCUAUAGCUCGCAGGCAUUAGGCGGUCAUCAAAAUGCACACAAGAGGGAGAGGACACUUGCAAAGAGGGCCAUGCGGAUGAAUAUGUUAUCAGAUCGCUAUGCCAGCUUGGCAUCUCUUCCCCUUCAUGGAUCUGCAUUUCGGUCCUUGGGCAUUGAAGCUCAUGCUUCGGUGCACCAACCAAUUAUGUCAUCAGAUAGGCCUCUCCAUGCAAUAAGAGGCGGAGCAAAGUUUGAACAAGGUUAUUUUGGUAUGCCAGUGUAUAUGGAAGAUGAUGAAGUAGAAAUGUACUGGCCUGGCAGUUUCCGACAAGUUGAAGGAGUUGCCAGCAGUCUGGCUUUGAAUUCUGGGCAAAGUUCCAGCAUCAAUUUUGUAGCAGUGGCACCACCGCCUAGAACAGACUCAUCAACACCUGAUCUAAAUUUGAAACUUUGACGAGUCAUCUUCUCUUUUGUAAUACGAAGUCAUAAUUAUUUCUUCUGAAUUCAUAAUUUUGUGACAAUUUGCUAAUGUACAGGGAUUAAGUGUUAAGGGUUGAAUUUGAGCUUUUUAAUCCUAAUUCCUCCUCAGCUUAAUUAUGCUGUCUCUAACA